AAUAAUCUGAAAUAUCAAAGACACACCUUAAAUUACUUUAGACCAAUCAGAAUGAAGGGGCUAAACCUAAAGGAGUAAAAAGGAUGCCACAAUCUGAGAUCACUUUACUGAAGCUAAAGAAAGCAGAAAUCCUAGACAUCUGGGCUGUGUUUGGACGACUAUUAGACAUCUUUUAAACUCAAAAUGGCUUGCUGGGAAAUGGCCAUGGAUAAGCCAGUUUGCCUCAUUGACACAGAGUCAGAUGGGAAGCUAUGUGUACAGCAGUCAGCGCUGCAGAUCCUGCAAGAGAUCGAUCAGCCGGUGGUGGUGGUGGCUGUGGUCGGUCUCUAUCGCACUGGGAAAUCCUACCUGAUGAAUCGACUUGCCGGGAAACAAACAGGGUUUGCAUUGGGCAGCACAAUUGAGUCCAAGACGAAGGGCAUCUGGAUGUGGUGUGUGCCCCACCCCACUGAAAAAGAAACCACUCUGGUGCUGCUGGACACUGAGGGACUCGGAGACGUCGACAAGGGGGACUCAAAGCAUGACACCAACAUCUUCUGUCUGGCUGUGUUACUGAGCAGCACUCUGGUAUACAACAGUCGAGGGACCAUUGACAACAAUGCUAUUGAGGAGUUGCAAUAUGUUACUGAACUAACAGAGUGCAUUAAAGUCAAAUCAUCAAACGAGGAUGUUGACGAGUCAAUCGAGUUUGUGAAGUUCUUCCCUAGUUUCAUCUGGGCUGUGAGAGACUUCACCCUUGAAUUAAAGAUUGAUGACAAAGAUGUAACAGAGAAUGAAUACCUAGAAUUUGCUCUCAAGCUGAAACAGGGCACUUCAAAAAAAGUGAUGGAGUACAACCUGCCCAGGGAGUGCAUCCAAAAAUACUUCCCUUCAAGGACAUGCUUCACUUUCCCGUUUCCAACUGCUCCAGAGAAUGUAACUCGACUGGAGAGCCUAAAUUCUGCUGACCUUUCUCCUGACUUCCUGAAGGUCACAGAUCGUUUUUGUGAGUUUGUCUUUCACAAGAGCCAGACGAAGAAGCUAAAAGAAGGAUACACAGUCACUGGCAGGGUUCUGGGUAAUCUUGCAAAAACAUACGUGGACACCAUCUCUAGUGGGGCUGUGCCAUGUCUGGAGAAUGCUGUGAUCGCUAUGGCAACGAUUGAAAAUGAGGCUGCAGUGAAGGAGGGGCUUGAGGUCUACAAGAGUGGAAUGGAGAAGCUGAGGAACUCUUUCCCUCUGGAACUGAAUGAUGUGUCCUCAGAACACCAACAGCUCAGCAACCUGGCAACACAAACCUUCAUGAAGCGUUCAUUCAAGGACACUGAUGGAAAGUACCUUAAAUCUCUCGAGGAAAACAUUAAUAAUCUCUUUGAGGGAUACCUAAGCCUAAAUGAGCAAGCUUCAAAGAAGAAAUGUGAGGAUCUUCUGUCAUCCCUGACUGCACAAAUGACAGAGAACCUCAAGCAAGGGCUCUACGCCAAACCUGGCGGCCAUGGUCACUUCAGCAAUGAUCUGAUGCACAUUGUGCAAGAAUAUAACAUUCAGGCCAAAAAAGAAGUCAAGGCUGAAGAGGUCCUAGAGGAGUUUAUGAAGCAGAAGUCUGUGGAAUCUGAAGCCAUUUUGCAGGCUGACAAUAAACUAACUCAGAAUGAGAGAAUGAUUAAGGUCGAACAACAGAAAUCAGCCCUCUUGAACCAAGAAAUCAGAGCUCAAGAGCGGAAGCAACGACAACUUGAAGCGAAGAUGGAAGCGGAGAAACGUAGUAAUGAAGAGAGGAUGAUACAGAUGAAGCAGAAGAUGGAUGAAGAGAUGAAGCUUCAGACAUUGGAAUCUGAGCGUGCCAUGGAAAGUAAACUGAGAGAGCAGGAGGCUCUGCUGGAGAAGGGCUUUAAUGAGAAGGCAGACAUGAUGGCCCAGGAGAAGGAUGAGAUCAGGAGACAGAGCGCUGAAGCUGAGAGUAAUCGAGCUAAAGAGUUUGCAGAGAUGUUUGAGAAGUCCAACAAGAGACAUGAAGAGUCAAUGGCCAUGAUGAUACAGAAACACAAAGAACAAAUGGAAGCCAUAAAAAGAAUGAAUGCACAACCUAAAAGUAGUUGUCCCUUCAUGUAAUUAUUGGUUCAGAGGCAUCCAACUGCACAAUGCAUUUACAGUACAUAUAAAGGUAGUAGUUUACCAUAAACAGUAUAGUGUUGAUCUAUGUCCACAUGGAACUUCGAUGACAAUAGGACAUUUCAGUGUACAGGGAGAUUUUGUGUACCCUGUGUAACAUGACCAACCUCAUAUGCAUACCCUUUGAUAUUAUCUUUAUUCAUAAGCUCUGCAAAAAGUACCGAAUAAAGAGAUUUAUGUGUGAAGAU